AUGGAAGCAGUAACGCAUUUGGUGAAUGACACAGUAGAGUUUUAUAAAUGGAGCCUUACUAUAGCAGACAAGCGGGUGGAAACAUGGCCGCUGAUGUCGUCGCCCUGGCCCACGUUGGCUAUCAGCUGCCUGUACCUGCUUUUUCUGUGGGCGGGGCCUAGAUACAUGCAGGACCGCCAACCCUACACGCUCAGGAAAACCCUGAUCGUCUACAACUUUAGCAUGGUGGUUCUCAACUUCUAUAUCGCCAAAGAGCUCCUGCUUGCCUCCAGAGCAGCCGGGUACAGCUACCUCUGUCAACCUGUGAACUACUCAGACGACGUCAAUGAAGUCAGGAUAGCAUCAGCUCUUUGGUGGUACUACAUCUCCAAAGGGGUGGAGUUCCUGGAUACUGUCUUCUUCAUCCUAAGGAAGAAGUUCAACCAGGUCAGCUUCCUCCACGUCUAUCAUCACUGCACCAUGUUCAUCCUGUGGUGGAUUGGCAUCAAGUGGGUCCCUGGUGGACAAGCUUUUUUUGGUGCAACUAUCAAUUCUGGCAUCCAUGUCGUCAUGUACGGUUACUACGGUCUGGCUGCUUUGGGACCACAGAUGCAAAAGUAUCUUUGGUGGAAGAAAUACCUCACCAUUAUGCAGAUGAUCCAGUUCCACGUGACGAUCGGCCAUGCCGGCCACUCCCUCUACACAGGCUGCCCCUUUCCUAACUGGAUGCAGUGGGCUCUUAUCGGCUACGCGGUCACCUUCAUCAUUCUCUUCGCCAACUUUUACUACCAUGCGUAUCGACACAAACCAUCCAAUGCGCUCAAGGGUCAAGCGAAGCCAGUCACCAACGGCAUCUCAAAGGCUACCAACGGCCACAGCAAAGCGGACGAAGCGGUGCCAGACAACGGCAAAAGGCAAAAGAAGGGACGGCCCAAACGGGAAUAA